AUGGAAUCAGAUAAAUAUAUCUGUGUGCGUGAAAAGACUGGCGAUGUUGCACAAGUUGUUAUUGUUGAUAUGGCUGAUCCCCAAAAUCCAAUAAGGCGUCCAAUAUCUGCAGAUUCAGCCAUAAUGAAUCCAGCCAGCAAAGUAAUUGCACUGAAAGGAAAAGCUGGUACUGAAGGAACAGCUGCAUCUCAAAAGACCUUACAGAUUUUUAAUAUUGAGAUGAAGAGUAAAAUGAAAGCUCACAUUAUGCAUAAUUUUUGGAAAUGGAUUUCUCCCAAUACAUUAGCUCUCGUUACAGAAACAUCGGUUUUCCAUUAG